GUACAACACUCGGAGAAAGGUCGCCACGGGCUGCUGUACGGGAUAAAAACGGAAUUCAGCAGCAGGAAAGUCCAUCUUCGCUGCAAACUAGUUAACGUAGAACCGCUAGUCAACCCCGUUAUUGUUCCAUCCCGUCCAACACAGCCCCCAAAAAGUCGACGCUUUCAACGACGUGUUGUUUGCCAGAACGAAAUCGUUUCGCGAUCCACGGUGGAAGUGCAGUUCGUGUAGUUUUUAUUUUGCCCAAUACGCAUGGAAUAACAGUACCUGGCGGAGUGAAAACAAGGGCACACACCAAUCACCAAUGGUACAGCGCCCUCAGGGCCACCUCAGCGCGCUUUCCCCUCGUCUUUGACGCGCUCCGCGAAGCGUAAGGUACAGGUUCGGUUGGUGUUUUCACGGUCAGAAAUAUGUCGAUGUGGUUGUCCGUUUCCUGAUAGCGGAGUCUCAGCAGUCUCAGGGUCAGAGGGGAGUGUGUGCGUGUGGUGCGGCUGAGGGAAGGAAACACAACGUAAUCCACUUCAUUUCAUCACGAAGUGGAUCAACGCCUCCGAUCGCCACGACAGACCAGGUCCACCCCUGCGCAACCCCUCGCUAGUGAGCACUUCCGGAAGGUGUACGUGUGUUGUGCGUGAACAGUAAGUGACAUACAUCCAACGGUGGCCACCAACGACACAAUGAGGACAGUUAAAGAUGGGGCAACAGCCUCAAAACAGCCAACCCGUUGGACACCCCCGAAGCCGCUUACCUUGGUCACGGUUGUGACCGGGGUGCUGGUGUUGGUCCUCUCGGCAGCCUUGGCCGAUGACCAGAUUCCCUCCGUGCCGACACACAACAUGUCCAACAAAGAACGCAACGAAUUAAAGGAAGAAUCCCGUGAAAUGUUCUACCACGCGUACCGGGCGUACAUGGACAACGCGUACCCGGCGGACGAGCUCAUGCCCCUCAGUUGCACUGGCCGCUAUCGGGGUGUGACGCCGUCACGAGGCGACCUAGACGAUACACUUGGGAAUUUCUCCAUGACCUUGGUGGAUACGCUCGACACGCUGGUAGUGUUGGGCGAUUUGGAGGAAUUCGAAAAUGCCGUCAAACUGGUGAUAAAGGAUGUAAAAUUUGACAACGACAUCAUCGUAUCCGUAUUCGAGACCAACAUUAGAAUGAUCGGUGGCCUUCUGUCUGGGCACAUUCUGGCCGAGUACGUACAGAAGCAGGCGGACGUUAUGACCUGGUAUCGGGGAGAACUGCUGGAAAUGGCUAAGGAUCUCGGUUAUCGAUUACUACCGGCGUUCAACACAUCCACCGGAAUACCGCACGCGAGGGUGAAUCUAAAGCACGGUAUGAAGGUGGAAGCAUUACGACAUUCGCGUGAAACGUGCACCGCCUGCGCCGGUACGAUCCUACUCGAGUUUGCCGCCCUGUCCCGGCUAAGCGGUGAACCAAUCUUCGAGGUGAAAGCGCACGCCGCCAUGGACUCGCUGUGGAAAAUGCGUCACCGAAGCUCGGAGUUGAUGGGGACAGUGUUGAACGUACACUCGGGUGAUUGGAUACGGCGUGAGUCUGGUGUCGGGGCCGGUAUUGACUCAUACUACGAGUACUGUCUGAAGUCCUACAUUCUGCUCGGUGACGAGCGCUAUCUGGCCCGCUUCAAUCGGCACUAUCACGCGAUCAUGAAGUACAUCAGCCAAGGACCAAUGCUGCUCGACGUUCAGAUGCACCGUCCGCACACCAAGACGCGCAACUUCAUGGAUGCACUGCUAGCGUUCUGGCCUGGGCUUCAGGUCCUAUCGGGCGAUCUGAAACCCGCCGUGCAGACACACGAAAUGCUCUACCAGGUGAUGCAAAUGCACACCUUCAUUCCAGAGGCAUUUACGUUCGAUUUCCAGGUCCACUGGGGUCAGCACCAUCUUCGACCGGAAUUUAUAGAAUCAACUUACUUUUUGUACCGCGCCACGGGAGAUCAUUAUUAUCUACACGCGGGCAAAAAAGCACUAAAAGCUCUCCAAAAGCACGCCAAAGUCCCGUGCGGGUACGCCGCGGUGAACGAUGUCCGUACCGGCAAGCACGAGGACCGGAUGGACUCGUACGUCCUGUCCGAAACGUUCAAGUAUCUCUUCCUACUGUUCUCCGAUCCGGCCGAUCUGAUACUGAACAUCGAAGACUUCAUCUUCACCACCGAAGCGCACCUUCUGCCGCUAACGCUCGGCCAGCUGGGCAACCACACACUCACCGUGCGAGAUCAGGACGACCAGGUGCACAUGCUCGACUACAUGCGGUCCUGCCCGAGCCCGAACAAGUUAUUUCCCGAAACAGUCCGGCGCCCCCUACGUGACCUUGUUACGGGAGUCUGUCCGCGCAUAUCGAGUGCCAAACGACUUAGAGCGGCUGACUUUCAGGCAAGCAAUACGGAUCAUCUACGAACAGUUUAUGACAUGGGUAUUACGAUGGUUUCUCUAGGCGAGGGUAAAGUUCAGCUUCUACACAGCUUCCAUAAUGCCAAAUCCCCGGAGGAUGCAGAACGAGGACUCAUUUUCAUGCAGGAAAUGGUGGAACUGUCGAAAUCGAACUCCAUCCCCAACACGCAACUACAGGCGGUUGCCUUCAAGCGCGAGGGCGACCAAGAAUUGCACAUCCUUGAGGCUGGUCCGAGCCACUUCGGUAUGGAGCUUGUCAACGAUAUGUCCAUCGAGCAGCGGGCCGUUUUCGCGAAGCCUCCGAAAAUGUGUAGCGCACUCAAAAAUGCGGAUGAAAUUCGGGGGAAAAUUGUCAUCAUGGAACGCGGAGAUUGUACCUUUGUCGACAAGGCAAGGAGAGCACAAUCUGCCGGUGCCGUCGCGGCAAUAGUCUUUGAUAACACGCCAAACACCUCGAUCAACAACCAGCAAAUGUUUGCCAUGUCCGGUGAUGGUCGGGACGACGUGCAGAUUCCCGUCGUAUUCCUGUUCACCAAGGAAGCGGAACAACUGAUCGCGGCGGUUAAGAAACAGCCUAGUCUGGAGCUCACGCUAAUGUCCGUCACCGGGUUGAAGGAAAAGCUUGCCAAACAGCGGGCAGACACACUGAAGACUGACAAAAAAAGUGCAUCAAAAGCGACGCCAUAGUAGUAAACCGAUUGCAGUUAGUGCAUUAGGAACAGAAAGCCCGCACGUGCGGGGGACGGGAGCGCAAGGUAACGAAAGUCACGGCCCCACCCAGGCGGGUUAGAUAGUAAUGAAUUAUUAGAACGAAAUUCCAAAACUCACAAUCGUUAACGGGGCUGGUCUUAAAAGUCGAAACCGACACAGAAUUGUUCAGAAGUUCAGAAUUUUUGAGGGCUUUGAAUGUGGGGUUGGGGUCAGGUCGUGAACGAGGGACGAAAAUCAUGCAUUCGGGGAAAGAUUUUCAUUUCUCGCCGUACAACAAAGUGAUACUUUAGUGUAUAGUUAAGUGAAAAAGUGUAUGAAAGCGAAGCAAAGUGUGAACAGUAAACAGAAUGGAAAAUCAUAGUAGCCAGAGGUAAAACGGAAAUUGAGCGUGUGUGUUUGUACGGAAGGAGGGGCAGUUUUUAAAUAGGGAUGCCACGGACGAAUUAGGACAAUUGUUUUUCUUUUCUGUGUUUGCGUUUGAAACGCGCCUUUAGUACCUAAACCGCGUAAUUUAGUUUGCUUUCUGCCAUCGCACACGACGAGAUACACACAUAUCACAAAGCGCCACUGCUUGUCGGCAGGGUAAGGAGGAUAGGUAGGAGGAGGAGGAGGAGGUUCUUCAUGUGGAAUACUUAGUUCAGAAAUGCUAAUUUGUGCCUCUCGUAGCGGGUGGAAGAAAUAAACUGGUUAUCCUACGUGACUUCAUACGAUACUCGUCACUCUGCAAAGCGGCACCCCCGGCGGGUGCUUUUGCCUGGUUAUCCGGCUCCGUGAUGGAUGCUAUCAAACGCAAAUCCGACGUUCGUGGCGACACAUGUUCCCAGUAUGCAGUUAUACAUUAUAUGCCAUUUUUCAAUUACUCACUGCGAAAUAGUUCCGUUCCGUUCUGGUUUGAAUAGCUUUCUCGUUGCUUUUACAUACUCCACCUCACUCCGGGUGAGGAUUGAAUCCAUCGAUUUUAUCCGUUUUUCGUUGAGUCAAAUGAAGCUUCUACACUCCUUUAAUUUGUUUUUGUAACAGACAAGAACAUUCGGGGGCACUUUCCACCACAGUAAAGUAAAUAUGUAGUUAAGAAAAAAUCAGUAUCCGUUUGCCGGAUGGCAAACAGUGGGCAGUGGGUGGCAGUCGGUCGAGAAGCGGGAAAAGAAGCAGCUCCUGGAGCCUAGUAAAUGCUGUAAAUAUCCUUUUCUUUUUGUUUGUUUCGGUAUGGCAAUGGAAGUCGAACCGGUGCGAAAACCGAAAAGGGGGAAAGCGGAAGAAAAACACUAAAAACAGUCACUGUGUGUUCAUCCAACUUGUUUUUAAAUGGGAAAGAUGCGCAAGAAUGCAGACAGCUAACGAAAGAGAAAAAAAAAACCUUAGAUGUAAGUAGAUUAAAUUGAGGUAACAAAUGAUCGUUGCAAUAGAACCGGUACGCGGUAGAAAAGCUCCUCCGGUGAGAUAGGCUUAAGGACUACUGCCUACGUCAUCGGUGUUGAAACGGUGUCUAUUCCAAAUUGCCGCCAGUAGUCAACAACAUCGUUUCGACUCCGAGUGUAGCCAAGGCAACGCGAGCAAGGAUGAUCGUUUCCAUUUAUUAUGAUGCAAUUUUGUUCGUUCGUUUUUUUUUCUUUUCCGAUAAAUAAUGUUGUUAUAGGUUUGUAAAUAAAAGAAAUUUUUAUAUCAAAAGAA